UUCUCCCUCUUCCAACCCCUCUUUACGCUGCCCUCUCAUUUUAUGUAUUUUAUUUUUUACCUCUGGAUCCUAUUGACUACGCCCUAUUAUAAAUUUCGCUUAAAUAUUUGUUACAAUUAUUAUUAUUAUUAUUAUUAUUAUUAUUAUUAUUAUUAUUAUUAUUAUUAUUAAUAUUAUUAUUUUUUACUUAUAUAACUCUUGGUAUUAUUUUAUUAUAUGUGUUGUAUAAUACAGAAUUUCAUUGCGCUUUAUAAAAUCUGAUGUAACAUCGUUAUUUUUCCUCAUAAUAGAUGCUGUGAGAAUAGUGAAAAUUAAAAAUUUAUUCAGGUAAGAGAUUUAGCUUAUCUUCUAGGGAUUUGAAGAAUGAUUCAACGAGUUUCUGCAGAUGGCGAAACGUUCACGUCUCGCAGACAAUUCGCAUCCAUUUAUUACACACGAUUUCAUUGUUCUAUUUUGUGUAUUUUUACCAAUUACGUGUAUCGAGUGUUUCGAACCGCUGAUAUCGUGAGGCGUGUACAUAUUCCUAGUGAGAAAUUGCUGGUGAUUUUGUGCGCUCAACUCUCUCUGGUGGGAAAUUGGCAAUGCUUUUAAAGAUUCUUGUUGUUUAAAUCUACCUCGUAACUAGUUAACAAUGGAGAUCUGCAUUGAUUCGAUGGAAUCAGCGCGAAACGCGAUCGAAGGUGGUGCAAGCAGAUUGGAAAUAUGUUCUGCUUUAUCCGAAGGUGGUUUAACCCCCACAGCUGGUCUAUUAAAAAAAGUUAAAAGCAUUUCACCUAUACCCAUUUACGCCAUGCUUCGAACACGAUCUGGUAACUUUGUUUAUUCGAAAGAGGAAAUGGACGUGAUGUUAGAAGAUUUAAAAAUUUUGAAGGAUCACGGAACCGAUGGUUUCGUGUUUGGAGCAUUGACGUCAAACGACGAAAUAGAUAUAGAAUCCUGUAGAAUCGUCCUUUCUGCUGCCCAACCAUUGCCGGUAACAUUCCAUCGAGCCUUCGACGAAGUGAUCGAUCCUUUAAAAUCCUUGGAAACAUUAAUUGAUCUUGGUUUCGAGAGAGUUCUGACAUCCGGUCAGAAGGAUACCGCCGUGGAAGGAUUAGAGUUGAUAAAAAAACUCGUUGAAAGAGCACAGCAGAGAAUAAUCGUGAUGCCAGGUUCCGGUAUCGCUAAAGAUAAUAUUUUAAGGAUAAAAAUGGAGUCUGGAGCGAAGGAAUUUCAUGCGUCAGCUAAGAAUAGAAUAACUUCUGGUGGAAGAAAUAAAAUUAAAAUUGGAGCUAGCAAAGGCAGCUGUAUAAUGGUGACCGACAAGAAAUUAGUUGAACAAAUGGUUGAAAUUAUAAUGAACACGAUAUAAUUCGAUCAGUGCGAUAAGAUCAGAGCGUUAGUAAAUCAGGAAAUAUGUAAUCGCCUUGGACUCGCGAACCUGUUUCUUUUCUAACCUUCUAAGCAAUGUAUACGUAAUAAUCGAUUAUUAAUCGACUGCCAUUUAAUGUCAUUCUGCAACAUUCUAGUUUUACAGUUCGCUGUUACUUGUCCUGCUAAACAUUUUAAUAUCAACCAAACAGAAAAUUCAACCUUACUAGAAUACUAUUAUAGAAUGAUUCGAUAAUAUUUCACUAGCUGUGUUUCACGUAAAACCUUUACGAAAAAAUUAAAAUCACGGCGCAGAAAGUUCGGUUUUAAAUAUCAUAAUUAGCAUAUAAAGUAAAUGAAAAAGAAGAAUUUUUAACACGAUAGGUGUUUCCUGAUAGGUCUCCACAACUUGACCAGUCAAACGAAGCUGGGAUAAUUUUCCUCAGGAUGAAAACCUAAAAUACUUACCUACAUACAUAUAUACAAUGAUUGAUGCUAGAUAAAAUAAAGAAGAGUGUAAUUCGUUAAAAAUAAAA